UUUGUAACUUUUCAGUAUUAGUACAAAUGCCCCAUAAUAAUUUCGGGACGAUAUUUCCCAAAGUAAAUCGGUGAGUUGACACAACCCAAGUGGAGACGAACUCACCUAUUUUUCCUCCCCGCCCUUUUCAUUUUCUGAUUCAUUCCUCUUAAACCCUACCAUUUACCCACUGUACUUCCAUUUCAAUUCCUUCGUCAAAUUUUCCGAUGAAAAACCCUUUCCUAUUCCCAACCAUCGACCCUCCAUAAUCGGGCGAAUCAAAAAUUAAUCUGUAGAAAUAUUAUUACCAAGAGAAGCGGAGCGGAAGAAAUUCAAAAAAGAUGAGUACUGUUGACAAAAUGUUGAUCAAGGGUAUCCGGAGCUUCGACCCGGAAAACCGGAACGUCAUCACCUUCUUCAAGCCCUUGACUCUCAUCGUCGGCCACAACGGCGCUGGAAAAACCACUAUAAUUGAGUGCUUGAAAGUAGCAUGUACGGGAGAAUUACCUCCGAACGCCCGGUCCGGUCACAGCUUUAUUCAUGAUCCGAAGGUGGCCGGAGAGACGGAGACAAAGGGGCAAAUAAAGCUGAGGUUUAAAACAGCAGCGAGGAAGGAUGUGGUCUGCAUAAGGUCAUUUCAGCUUACCCAGAAAGCUACUAAGAUGGAGUACAAGGCGAUUGAGUCUGUGCUCCAGACAAUAAAUCCUCAGACUGGAGAGAAAGUUUGCCUGAGUUAUCGAUGCGCUGAUAUGGACCGAGAAAUUCCGGCACUUAUGGGGGUGUCUAAAGCCAUUCUAGAGAAUGUUAUAUUUGUUCACCAAGAUGAGGCUAAUUGGCCAUUGCAAGAUGCAUCAACGCUGAAAAAGAAGUUCGACGACAUUUUCUCUGCAACUAGGUACACAAAGGCGUUGGAGGUUAUCAAAAAGCUUCACAAGGAUCAGGCACAGGAGAUAAAGUCUUAUAAGCUAAAACUGGAGCAUCUACAAACACUGAGAGAUGCCGCUUUUAAGCUACGAGGAAGCAUUACGCAAGAUGAAGAAAAAACAGAAACUAUAAAUUUUCAGAUGCAGGAGCUUGACAUAAAAAUUCAGAAUGUGGACAGGGAGAUUAAUCAAACUGAAUUAAUGUUGAAGGACCUCCGAAAAUUACAAGGUCAGGUAGCUACCAAGUCAGGGGAACGAAAAUCCAAGUUUGAGGAACAGCAGAAGCGUUAUGCGGCACUUACUGAGGAAAAUGAAGAUACUGAUGAGGAACUGAAUGAGUGGAAAUCCAAGUUUGACGAGAGGAUUGCAAUUUUAGAUUCCAAAAUAGACAAGUUAUUGAGGGAAAAGGGAGAUACAGAGGAGGAAAGUCGAGCUCAGUCAGACGAGAUUGCAAAAAAUAUGAAGGAGAUUGCCAAGCUUCAAGCAGCCACCGAUGCUCAUAUAUCCUUGAAGAAUGAAAGAGACUCAACUGUUAGAAGCUUAUUCAGAAAGCACAAUUUAGGUUCUCUGCCAAGUGGGCCCUUCAGCGAUGAGGUUGCUUCUGACCUUACUGACCGAAUUCAAUCAAAGUUGAAGGAUUUUGAAAAUGACUUGCAAGAAAAGAAGAAAUCAAAUGACUUGGAACUUAAAGCAGCAUUUGAUCAAUACAUGCAUGCAAAUGACCGAUGGAAAGAAAUUGAGGCUCAGAAAGAGGCUAAAGCAGAUAUGAAGACUCGUAUUUUGGAACGUAUUCGAGAGAAGGAGGUUGAACGUGAUUCAUUUGAAGGUCAGGUUGCUGCUGUUGAUGUUACCAUCAUUAAUGAGAGAGAUAGGAACAUGGAAAUUGAAGUGGAAAGGAGAGCUAAUCAGUUUGCUGCAAGAGAAUUUGAGUUGACCCUUCGACAAAAGCAACGUGAAAAGUUUAACCUGGACCAAGAAAUUGAUGCUCUUAGUAAGGAAAGGGACACCAUGAGUGCUGAUUCCCAUGAAAGAGUUGUACUUUCUCUUAAGAAAGCAGAGUUGGAAAGUUACAAAAAGAAACAUAGAAGAAUAGUGGAUGAUUGCAAGGAGAGUGUUAGAGGAGUGCUAAAGGGAAGGAUUCCACCUGACAAGGAUUUGAAGAAGGAAGUUCUUCAGGUUCAAAGUUCUCUCCAGAGAGAGUAUGAUGACUUAGACCACAAAGCUGAUGAAGCCAGAAAUGAUGUGACUACCAUGAAGUUGAAAAUACAAGAAAUUAGCAGUAACUUGUCCAAAUUCCGCAAAGAUCUAGAGUCUAGACAGAGGUUUCUUGAAUCUAAACUUCAGUCUUCAGACCAGCCGUCUGGUGGUAUCGACUCAUAUUUUACAAUCUUAGAGACUGCUAAGGAAAAGAGAGAUGUCCAGAGAAGUAAAUAUAACAUUGCUGAUGGCAUGAGGCAAAUGUUUGAUCCAUUUGAAAGAGUUGCACGUGCUCAUCACAUUUGUCCUUGCUGUGAGAGACCUUUUUCAUCAAAUGAGGAAGAUGAAUUUGUUAAAAAGCAAAGAGUGAAAGCAGCAAGUUCUGCUGAGCAUAUGAAAGCAUUAGCAGUGGACUCUUCAAAGGCUGAUUUUCAUUUUCAGCAAUUAGACAAGCUCCGAGUGGUUUAUGAAGAAUAUGUCAAAACAGGGAAGGAGUUGAUUCCUCUUGCUGAGAAAAAUCUUAAUCACUUAAAUGAAGAACUGGAUCAAAAGAAUCAAGCCCUUGAUGAUUUGCUGGGUGUUUUAGCUCAAAUAAAAUCGGAAAAGGAUUCAGUUGAUGCCUUGAUACAACCUGUAGAAACUGCUGAUAGACAUCUCCAGGACAUUCAAGGUUUGCAGAGACUAGUAGGUGAACUGGAAAGCAAACUUGAUGUUCAAGCGCAAGGUGCCAGAUCUCUAGAAGAUAUUUCAUCAGAGCUGAAAAUGUUGGAAAGAACUAGGAGUACCUUGAUUGAUGAUAUCGAGAAGUUAAGAGAUGAUCAGAUCACCAUGCAGCAGGAUUUGUCGUCGCUACAAUUACGGUGGGGUAGUGUAAGAGAAGAGAAAAUUCAAAUUCAAAAUAUACUAUCUAACAUCAAAAGAGUAGAAGAGGAGUUAGAUCGUCUGUCUGAAGAGAAAAGCCAAGUUGAGCUGGAUUUGAAGCAUUUGGCAGAGGCUCUCGGCCCUUUAUCAAAGGAGAAAAAGAAGCUGCUGGAUGAAUAUAACAAUUUGGAAGUCAAGCUUAAUCAUGAAUAUGAAUUGCAGGCUGACCAUUACAGAAAAAACCAGCAGGAAGUUGAUACGCUGCUUAAUAUGUAUUCUGGAAUCAAAGAGUAUGAUACCUACAAUAAAGGAGAGAAAUUGAAAGCACUACAAGAAAAGCAAGCUCUGUCAGAAUCCAAGCUUAGAAAUUGUAAAACCAGAAUGGAAGAACUUUUGAAGGAACUAGAUAAGAGUAGAGACUUGAGUCGGAAUCAGGCAGAAUUAAGGCGCAAUAUAGAAGAGAACCUGGAAUACAGGAAACUGAAGGCACAAGUGGAUGAGCUCACUCGGGAAAUUGAAUCACUUGAAGAUAAGGUGCUGAAGAUGGGUGGUGUCUCCAAGAUUGAAGCUCUGCUUGUAAAACUAUCACAAGAACGGGAGAGUCUCCUCACAGAGUUAAACAGGUGCCGUGGGACCUUGUCUGUAUACAGGAGCAACAUUGAUAAAAAUAAAGCAGAUCUUAAGCAGGCACAAUACAAAGACAUUGACAAGCGCUAUUUUGAUCAACUAAUUCAGCUAAAGACAACUGAGAUGGCAAACAAGGAUCUAGACAGAUAUUACAAAGCACUCGACAAAGCACUGAUGCGCUUCCACUCAAUGAAAAUGGAGGAGAUAAAUAAGAUUAUUCGGGAACUGUGGCAGCAGACUUACAGGGGGCAGGAUAUUGAUUAUAUUUGCAUUCAUUCAGAUUCUGAUGGUGCUGGUACUCGUUCUUACAGCUAUAGGGUGUUAAUGCAAACUGGUGAUGCAGAGCUAGAAAUGAGAGGCAGAUGCAGUGCUGGUCAAAAGGUCCUUGCUUCACUUAUCAUACGAUUGGCAUUAGCCGAAACUUUUUGCCUGAAUUGUGGAAUACUAGCCCUUGACGAGCCAACGACAAAUCUGGACGGCCCAAAUUCCGAGUCUCUUGCUGCAGCUCUUCUUAGAAUAAUGGAGGAUAGAAAAGGCCAAGAGAAUUUUCAGCUUAUCGUAAUUACUCACGAUGAGAGAUUUGCUCAACUUAUUGGCCAACGACAACAUGCUGAAAAGUACUACCGCAUCACUAAAGACGACUAUCAGCAUAGCAUUAUUGAAGCCCAGGAGAUAUUCGAUUGACCUUGUGGGAAUGAAGUUGUGUGUAGAUGGGCUUUUUUUUGCUGCUUAUUUUCUUCGACUUGCUGUAAUUAUUCGACAUUCGUAACAAGAUUCACAUGCUCAAAUCCGAUUAUCCAUAAUUAUUAAGCCUUGAAUUAUGAGUUGA